AUGCGGUAUCUUCAAAACGUGUACUAUGAGAUAUACGACCCCGAAAUAGACGAAGGGACUUAUUUUUAUUAUCAAGCCGCUGGUCGAAGUUUCAAAGUUGAAAUAUUAGCAGAUGCUUUUGAAGAUGGUGAAGACAGAAAACCAAAAUCUGCAUAUCUACUUCAUACAAAUUUAAUUGUUUUAGUUUAUUCAAUAGCUUCUUUAGAGUCUUUUGAAUAUAUUAAAAAAACUUUGGAAUACAUUAAAUUUGUUUUAAAAAGUGUUUCUUUACAGCCAUCUUAUCUUUUAUGUGCAACACAAUGUGAUAAAGAAGAAGAAAGAAAGGUAUCUCAAAAUGAAGCAUUUUUAUUCGCAGAAAGUUUAGAAACUAGAUUUUUCGAGGUGUCUUCAAAAACGAAUAUAAACAUAAAGGAUUUAUUUGAAGAAAUUGUCGUUAGAGCAUACGUACAAAAAUACGGAAGUUUUCCACCAAAAAUAGAAAAAAAGGUCAACAAAAAGGGAUGUUUAAUUUCUUAA